CAGGAAGCGGAUGUUGUUGACGUUUUCAUCGUAACAGCAUCCGGUUUUUUGACGGCAGCUAGCUUGGGGAAACACAGCCGUACAGCGAAAUUAUCAACUUAAUCGCAAAAAACACGGAGAAGAUACCCAGGAAAGGCCCGCUGUUCAGCGAUGGAGAGGUGUUUUUUCGACCCAUCUCGUAUUCCCGGGUCGCCCGUUGUCACCUGCCCGGCUAGUUAGCGCCGCUCAGCUAAUUAGAGACCGACAAGUGCUCGGCUUCUUCUGAGUAGCAGACGAUAGAGAGCUGUCAAGAGGAGGAAAUCAUUAACUCUCCUGUAGUAAGCUUUUAAUCUAACAGGCCGGGCGAUAGCCGGAGGUGUUGCCUUAACUCUUUAAUUUGUUCCAGGCUGUUUGAGGACAGGAGUUAUAAACACAGAUAAGGCAUGAACUGUUAACUCGGAACAGUCUGGUUUGGCUCACAUUGAGUUAUAAAGAUCACCGGGAACCGUUAUAACGUAAAAAAAGAGAAGCUUUCCCAACAUUUCCCACUGGUGUGUUAGGCGAAAACAUCUGGAAAACAGCGGUUUGGUUUCCAGCUGGAUUGGUUUGGCACGGCGGGGUUUCGUGUUAAUGGGGUUUUAAAUGUAACGUCAGGGUUUUCCAUGACAACGUGUCACACAUCCUGUGUAGAAUCAGCCCAGGGAAAGUAAACAGGUGUGACACGUACAGGGACCCGUUCCCAAGAGGUGGCGCACAUUUCCACUACAACCAGUCGCUGGCACAUACUGUCAGCUAGGCUUAAAUAUCUGGUUACUUGAACUCAUUCCUGCUAAGAUAUUUACCUGUAGUUUCAGCUGUGGACGCACAUUUUACCUAGUCACUCCUUGGGGUCUACACCGAUAGAGUCGAAGUAGCCAAAACUAACUCUUCGUGCUGUUUUUGAGCAUUGCUCAUUAGACAUUACCUCACAGGGAAAACUAAAAAAAAAAAGAAUGAUUGGGAUGGCAUAAGUUAGUUUGUCAGGGUGGUCUCAAAGAUUAGAUAGUGUACUUUUAGGUUUGUAUGCAUUUAGCUGUAAUCUUCCCAGCACACCGCAAUGCCACUAGUACUGUUAUUAUUGAUGCUGUUUGGAGCAUUAUGUAGCCCUGGACAGGCCAUGUCCCGGGAGGAGAAGCAGAGAUUGAAGAACCAAGUGGUUGAGAUGUUUGAUCAUGCAUAUCAGAACUAUAUGGACCAUGCGUACCCAGCUGAUGAGCUGAUGCCUCUAACGUGCAGAGGACGAGUCCGUGGGCUCGAGCCCAGUCGUGGAGACAUAGAUGAUGCACUUGGCAAGUUUUCGCUGACCCUCAUCGAUACUCUGGACACUUUGGUGCUUUUAAAUAAGACGACAGAGUUUGAAGACGCAGUGAGACGAGUCCUGUCAGACGUGCGGCUGGACAACGACAUCGUCGUGUCCGUCUUUGAGACCAACAUUCGAGUCCUCGGAGGUCUGCUGGGAGGACACUCCAUGGCCGUGAUGUUGAAAGAAGGAGGUCAGCACAUGCAGUGGUACCAGGAUGAGCUCCUACACAUGGCCAAAGACCUGGGGCUUCGACUGCUGCCCGCAUUCAACACCAGCAGCGGCCUGCCUUAUCCCAGGGUGAACCUGAAACAUGGCGUCAGGGGGCCCGAGACGAGGACGGGCACAGAAACGGACACCUGCACAGCGUGCGCAGGAACCAUCAUCCUGGAGUUUGCCGCUUUAAGCCGUUUCACUGGGGACCCUGUGUUUGAGGCCCAUGCCCGGAGAGCUCUGGACUUUCUUUGGGAGAAGAGGCAGAGAAACAGCAAUCUGGUGGGAACCACUAUCAACAUCCACUCUGGAGAGUGGGUCCGAAGAGACAGCGGAGUCGGAGCGGGAAUUGAUUCGUAUUAUGAAUACCUGCUAAAGGCCUACGUCCUCUUGGGAGACGACCUGUUUCUGGAACGGUUCAAUAUUCACUACGCAUCUAUCAUGAAGUACAUUAGCCAGCCUCCUCUGCUGCUGGACGUCCACAUCCACAAACCUCUGCUUCCUGCUCGCACCUGGAUGGACUCUCUGCUGGCCUUCUUCCCGGGGCUGCAGGUGCUGAAGGGAGAUAUCCGGCCUGCCAUCGAGACUCAUGAGAUGUUGUACCAAGUUACCAAAAAACACAACUUCCUGCCAGAGGCCUUCACUACUGAUUUCAGGGUACACUGGGCCCAACAUCCCUUGAGGCCUGAAUUUGCAGAGAGCACCUAUUUCCUUUACAAGGCCACAGGAGACCCUUACUACCUGGAGGCAGGUCGCACCAUUAUGGACAACCUCAAUCGCUUUGCUCGUGUUCCCUGCGGCUUUGCAGCAAUGAAGGAUGUACGGACAGGCAGCCACGAGGAUCGAAUGGACUCGUUCUUCCUCGCUGAGAUGUUUAAGUAUCUGUUCCUGCUGUUUGCUGAACCGGACGACAUACCGUUUGACGUGGAGGACUACGUCUUCACGACUGAGGCACACCUGCUGCCCCUGUCUCUCUCCAUGGCCCCUCACUCCUCGCCUGCUCCCUCAAAUCGAACGUCAGAUGAGGAGCUGGACGACUCAAACUUUGACUGGACUUGUCCCAAUACGCACCUCCUGUUUCCUGACCCUGCCUUCCCUCGCAUCCUGAGAGAACCGAUCCGUAGUGCCGUUGAUAAGAGCUGCCCGCGCCCUGCCCCUUACAGGGAACCUGGUAUGGGCCGUCCUCCCCUCAGGGCUCAGGACUUCAUGGCAAACAACCCUGAACAUCUGGAGCUGCUGAGGAGGAUGGGAGUCAGUCUCAUCCACCUAAAGGAUGGCAGGGUUCAGCUGGUCCAGCAUGCUACACAGGCGGUGAGCGCAGUGGCAGCGGAGGACGGCGUGCGGUUCAUGCAGGAGAUGAUGGAGCUGUCCAGUCAGCAGCAGAAAGAACAGCUGCCUCCGAGAGCCAUUCAAAUCGUCUCUCAUCCAUUCUUUGGCAGGGUGGUGCUGACCGCCGGCCCGGCACAGUUUGGCACGGAUCUGUCCAAAAGUUCCACAGGGGUGCGGGGCUUUGUCACUGUAGCCGAGCCCUACAGCGGCUGCAGUGAGAUCGUUAACGCCGAGUACAUCCAGGGUCACAUCGCUCUGCUCCAGAGGGGUCAGUGCAUGUUUGCAGAGAAGGCCCGGCACAUCCAGAAGGCUGGCGCCAUUGGAGGCAUAGUCGUUGACGAUAACGAGGGCAGCAGCAGCGACACAGCUCCACUCUUUCAGAUGGCGGGGGAUGGCCGCAGCACCGAUGACAUCACCUUACCUCUCCUCUUCCUGUUCCACAAGGAAGGCAACAUCCUGCUGGAGGCGCUGAAGGAGUACAGAGAGGUGGAGGUGCUGCUGAGCGACAAAGCCAGAGACAGAGCGGCCAUAUUCAAAGGUAAACCUCUUCCUGGAAGCCUGAUCGAGGGCAGUGCAGAUGUGCAAGAAAGGGAGGAGGACUGCUUGACUGAGGCAACGACUCCCACCUCACACGAACCUAUAGGCCAGUCGCAGAUGAGCACGGUGGAGCUAGACGAGAGUGCUCCGGAGGAAGUCAGUCCAGUGGAUGAAGAUACUAGUCCUGCAGAGGAAGUUAGUGCACCAAAAGAGGAAGUCAAACCUGCAGAGGCGGAGCCAGCUGUGGCUCAGCCUCAAGAGGACAGAGACUCGGAGAAGGAGGAGAAACCAGAGGAAGACACGGACUCAAGCAGCCAGUCGGUUGACGAACUGCUGGCUGAUUGGCGAGAAGACUUGGAGGCCUUCAAGCAGAUGGAAAAGGAUGAGCUCUGACAGACGUUAGGUGCAUUCUGCCCUGUGACUGGUCUGAUCCCGCUACGGGGAGCGACCGCGAGGUGUCACGUGUCACCGGCCUCAGUCUUAUGAAUCAAAAGGAAGGUGGGGAUGAUGCAUUCUCUUGCCCUCGGCAAAUGGUAUCGCGAGCCAAGGCGACCCACGUACUGUCUCUGGGCCAUAAGGGAGUUGUUUUUAGGUUCUUACACUUUCUGUUUUAUUUGUCUGAGCAGAUUCUAUCUGAUGGAUUAUGACCAUGACAUGGACCACACUGUUUCUAACUUUGUCUCAUUUUCCACUUCACAUUACUUCACUGUUGUUCUCUCUAUGCAUUUCUGACCACUUUAACUCAGUGGCUUUCUCACAAAUUAACCCACUGACCAAUCAGUUUUAUUUAAACGUGUUCAUAGGUUUACUUGUUUGGUGGUCUCGGGCCUUAUUGUAUGUACACGUUGACCACAGUUGAUGAGGAUUGGUGAUGGAUAAGCUGCGGGAUCACCAGGCUUGAUAUUGCUGAAGGCUUUACUAAGUUGCGUGUCGGUGUAAAUAUGUAUGUUGACUGAAAUUACUACAGGGCUGUUUGCUCAGGUUCUGGUUCACACCACAACAGCCUCUGGACCAUGUAGGGUGAAGCAGACACACCCUCAGCAGCACGACGGGAUGGAUAACGGCGCCACAGGGGGGCGCUGUGGGAUCUGCAGAAAUAAGCCAAUAAGUUGACAGGGUGAGAAUAAAUAAAAACAAAUGAGAGGAACUUGCUGUCUGAACACAGAGUGCUUGAUUUAAUAAAAAAAAAGUCAAACAAUGUCGCUUUCCUGUUUUACUGCACCGGACUGUUCUAAUGUGAUUAAAAUGUUCCAUUAUUUUUAUCUUGUUUGAGAGGAAAUGAUGAACACAUGCUGGCUUUUGUGGAACAAAGAGGCAGGAGAUGUGAAAAUCACUUCUGUUCCGACAGAGGUUUCUGUGCAGUGGGCGGACACCCCCAUCAAAUCACUCGAGUCAAUGUGACAGACGUGUAAUUGGGAAAUUGUCAGUAUGCGCCAUGGUAUUACUGUCAGAGUGAUUCAAACCCUGCUGCAAGAGUGCUCAUCAUAUUUAGCAGAAAUAUGUAUUUAAAUCUGUUUUUGUCACUUGAGUAGAAGUACAAGUAUCUGCUGAACCGAUCCCAUAUUUACACUCGCUGGCGGUUAUUUUAAUCCGGUGCCAAGAAAUGAAAACACAGUAAAAGUACACGACAGAGGUAGCGCCUUCGGAGCGUUUUUACGCAGCGGUGAUGUGCAGCUCGGGCCCGGCGCUGAUUGGUGGCUCGGUGGGGCACUCCUCAGCAAGAUGGCUGCAUUGCUGCGCGCAAUAGUGGCAUCCUGGUGAAAUGACGCAAGCCACAGUUUACGUUCAGUCCUCGCGGCUCCGAGCCUGAGCUCUCCAGUCUCCAUAGCGCAGAUCCCGCCCGACACAGCCGGAAGACCGCCCGACUCUCCUCCUCCACCGGACCGAGUGGAACCGGUUCAUUUGAGAUAUUAGAAGAAGAGGUAGUUUCAGCAGCUUUGGCAGAUUUUGAUGCCAGAUGUUUGGACUCGUGACCCCCCUGAGGUGAGAGUGCGAUGAGGAGAAGUUUCAGAGUGUGAGGCCAUGGGCUGCACCUCGGCCAAGCAGGUGUCGGCCGUGCCCAGCGAUGAGGAGGGACGCGGCAAGGCCUACAGCAACGGCGACGUCUUCACCG